UCUAACUACCAGACCCCCCCCAGCAUGCAGAAUCACAUUCCUCAGGUAUCCAGCCCGGCGCCUCUGCCCAGACCUCUGGAGAAUCGCACUUCUCCCAGUAAAUCUCCCUUCCUGCACUCGGGGAUGAAAAUGCAGAAGGCGGGGCCGCCGGUCCCUGCCUCCCACAUAACACCAGCAGCUGUUCAGCCUCCCAUGAUCCGACGAGACAUCACCUUCCCGCCGGGGUCCGUGGAAGCCACGCAACCUGUGCUGAAGCAGAGGAGACGGCUGACGGCAAAAGAUAUCGGAACUCCUGAAGCCUGGAGAGUGAUGAUGUCUCUGAAGUCUGGGCUGCUAGCUGAAAGUACGUGGGCCUUAGAUACCAUAAACAUCCUGCUCUAUGAUGACAACAGCAUAAUGACCUUCAACCUCAGCCAGCUGCCAGGCUUGCUGGAGCUCUUGGUGGAGUAUUUCCGGCGCUGCCUGAUCGAGAUCUUUGGAAUCCUGAAGGAAUACGAGGUGGGAGACCCAGGGCAAAGAACACUAUUAGAUCCUGAAAGGUUCUGCAAAUCUUCAGCUUCCUCUCACGAAGAAGGAGAGGAGGAUGAGGAACCCCGGAGCCUGAACGGUGAGGAGGAAGAAGAGGACGAGGAAGAGGAGGAGGCCGCGUUCUCGAGCAAAGACAAAGUACCUCUAGAGAGCAGCGAGGAGAAACUAGUCAGCAAAUUCGACAAGCUUCCAGUGAAGGUCGUGCAGAAGAACGACCCCUUUGUGGUGGAUUAUUCAGACAAGCUGGGGCGAGUGCAGGAGUUCGAGAGCGGGCUGCUGCACUGGCGGAUCGGCGGCGGGGACACCACGGAGCACAUCCAGACCCACUUCGAGAGCAAGGCGGAGCUGCCUUCGGCUCACAAACGGGCUCCCUGCAGCUCCGGCUCGAGGAAACGGUCAGCAGCAGAGAGCAACCCGAGCGCCAGGGAAGGAGAGAGCCCUCCACCCGACAGCUCCUCGGAGAAGAGGAUAACCGCCACCAUGGACGACAUGCUCUCGGCACGCCCGGGCUCCCUGCCGGGAGAGGAGGAAGAGGUGAAACCGCUGGAAACGGCGAAGGAAAGCGGCAAGUUUCCCUUUGGCAUCAGUCCAGCUCAGAGCCACAGAAAUAUAAAAAUUCUGGAGGACGAACCUCACAGUAAAGACGAGACGCCCCUCUGCACCCUCCUGGACUGGCAGGACUCUCUGGCCAAGCGCUGCAUCUGCGUCUCCAACAUCAUCAGGAGUUUAUCGUUCGUGCCGGGCAAUGACUUUGAAAUGUCCAAACACCCCGGGCUGCUGCUGAUCCUAGGGAAACUGAUCCUCUUACACCACAAGCAUCCCGAACGCAAACAGGCGCCCCUGACCUACGAGAAGGAGGAGGAGCAGGACCAAGGGGUGAGCUGCAACAAGGUGGAGUGGUGGUGGGACUGCUUGGAGAUGCUGCGUGAAAACACACUGGUCACGCUGGCCAACAUUUCUGGCCAGCUGGACCUCUCCCCUUACCCAGAAAGCAUCUGUUUGCCUAUCCUGGAUGGGCUCCUCCACUGGGCAGUAUGUCCGUCGGCAGAGGCCCAGGAUCCCUUCCCGACGCUGGGACCCAACGCGGUCCUCUCCCCUCAGAGACUGGUUUUGGAAACGCUCAGCAAGCUCAGCAUCCAGGACAACAACGUGGAUUUGAUUCUGGCGACUCCCCCCUUCAGUCGCCUGGAGAAGCUGUACAGCACCAUGGUGCGGUUCCUCAGUGACAGAAAGAACCCGGUGUGCCGAGAGAUGGCCGUGGUACUACUGGCCAACUUGGCACAGGGGGACAGCCUGGCAGCAAGAGCGAUUGCUGUGCAGAAGGGCAGCAUUGGCAACUUGCUGGGCUUUUUGGAGGACAGCCUGGCCGCCACGCAGUUCCAGCAGAGCCAGGCAGGCUUGAUGCACAUGCAGAACCCGCCCUUCGAGUCGACGAGCGUGGACAUGAUGCGCCGAGCCGCCCGGGCGCUGCUGGCCCUGGCCAAGGUGGACGAGAACCACUCGGAGUUCACGCUCUACGAGUCGCGGCUGUUGGACAUCUCCGUGUCGCCUUUGAUGAACUCUUUGGUUUCACAAGUGAUUUGUGACGUACUGUUUUUAAUUGGCCAGUCAUGACAGCUGUGGGAUCCGAGCCCCCGUGUGCGUGUGCGUGAGUGGAGACCUUAGAAACUGACUGUUGCCCUUUAUUUAUGCAAAACCACCUCAGAAAUCCACUGUCUGCCCUGCGCUGUCCUGCUUCUCCCUUGGGGGAAAAGAUCUCCCCGUUCCCUCUCCCCUUCCCCUUCAAAUUUGUCCCGAAUCCCUUAUUAAAGGAGACAAAAGUUCUGUCUACAUUGAAGACUUUUUUUUUUUUUUUUUUUUUUAUUUUAACCAAAGUUACUGUCGUUUACAGUGAGUUUGGGGAAAAAAAAAAAAAAACAAACGACUUGGCCGUGUUAUCACAUUGACAGGCACCACUUUCCUAACUGUUUUUAAUGGUAAACUCUGAAGGACACAAGCGACUGCUGAACUCUCUGUGUGGUUUAUCGUUGUACAUUCACAAUCUUGCAGGAACCAAGAAGUUUAACCGGUUGUGAACAGACCUUGUCCAAGGGGGAGGCCUGUGCAGUAGCGUGUAGAACUUCAUGUACUGUACACCUUAAACUGUAAACAUACUGUAAUAACGUCUCACAUGG